AUGGUCAAAAACAACCCCAACUCUCUCCGCGGUAGCGUCAGCACCAGCUCCCUCCAAGAACAAGCAGCUCGCCAACGGAUCGCCGCACUCGAAGAGCAGGUUGCUUCGCUCACAGCAAAGAAACAAUCGAGCUCUCCUCCUCCUCCUCCUCCUCAGUCGUUCCCACCUCCACACCCCUCUGCCUAUCUGCCCAUAAGAGAGCCCACGGAAAAGGGAAGGAUGUCUUAUAACAGGGCCGAUGGACGCGCCGACCUUACGGACCCUCCAAUCCUCGGUGCAACAAGAUUACAUGGCAAGGGAUCGAACGCCAACAAUGUCUCACCCGAAAAUGAACAAUUGAGCCUUUUUGAGCAAUACAAUGCGAGCGCGAAAAGGUUCCGUGAGACCAUGAGGGAACGGGCGGAAAUGAUACAGUCACAGUCGCCAAGCAGCUUGAUCACGAAGGGAUUAUUUAGGGUGGAUAACACGUUGAAGAUCCCGGAGGCAUAUACACAGCCCUUCUGUGACUUCUUGACAGACAACCCUACAGUUUUCCAUGCUGUGUCACAUUUUGAGGCAAAGUUAGAAAACGCUGGAUUCAAAAAGCUUUCCGAACGCUCAUCCUGGAACGAACAAGUGAAGAAUGGAGGCAAAUACUUCGUGACACGAAAUGGUAGUAGUUUGAUUGCAUUCACGGUGGGAGGCGGAUACAAGAGUGGGAACGGAAUUGCAAUGAUUGCAGGCCACGUCGAUGCUUUGACGGCACGAUUAAAGCCUGUGAGUAACAAAAAGACAUCUGCUGGAUACGUUCAAUUGGGUGUUGCGCCAUAUGCCGGUGCUCUCAACAACACAUGGUGGGACAGAGACCUUGGAAUUGGAGGAAGAGUAUUAGUGAAAGAUUCGAAGACUGGAAAGAUUGCCACGAAGCUGGUGAAGCUGGGAUGGCCAAUUGCUCGAAUCCCUACUCUCGCACCUCACUUCGGGCUCGGUAUGUUUGGACAAAACAAUGCAGAGACACAGGCAGUUCCUAUCAUUGGCCUCGAUAAUUCCGAUGUCCAUUCCGCGGACGAUGCAUUCAAGAACUUGACAUUGGGUGGUGAGGGAACAUUUGCCGCAACACAACCUCCCAAACUCGUACGUGCGAUCGCGGGAGAACUGAGCAUCCAAGACUACUCUUCAAUCGUCAAUUGGGAACUUGAAUUAUACGAUACACAGCCCGCACAAGUUGGUGGAUUGGACAAGGAGUUUAUCUUCGCCGGUCGUAUUGAUGACAAGCUUUGUUCAUGGUCCGCCAUUGAAGCACUACUGGCUUCUUCCACUGCGUCUGCCUCUGCAGAAGAUGGAAUCGUAAAGCUUGUUGGCGUUUUCGACGACGAGGAAAUCGGCAGCCAGCUUCGCCAAGGUGCAAAGGGCAAUUUCUUGCCCAGCACUAUUGAGAGAAUCACCGAAUCUUUGUCUAGCAAUGGAACCAGCGCGAAUAUUCUGUCUCAGACAUACGCCAACUCCUUCCUCGUCUCGGCAGAUGUCACUCACGCCGUGAACCCCAACUUCUUGGGUUCGUACCUUGAGGGCCACUCUCCCAGAUUGAACGUCGGCCUCGUGGUAUCUGCUGAUUCAAACGGACACAUGACCACCGAUUCUGUCUCCACUGCUGUCCUUACCCGAGUUGCGGAGAAGACGGACAACAAACUGCAGCUGUUUAUGAUUCGGAAUGAUUCGCGAAGCGGGGGAACUGUGGGACCAAUGCUUAGUUCUGCGAUGGGUGUUAGGGCUAUUGAUGCUGGUAUUCCGCAGCUGAGCAUGCAUUCUAUCCGAGCUACGACUGGAAGUUUGGAUCCUGGGUUGGGAGUGAAGAUAUUCAAGGGCUUCUUGGAUACGUUUGAGAGUGUUGAUGGGGAGUUUGAAUAG